AGCACAAGCAUUAUCAGUUCAGACAUCAAAAGUUUCUAAAUUUGUUAGUUACUUUCUUGUUUUCAAUCUUCCGGAAAAGAAAAUAACGAUGAUUAGUACCAAGAAACUCAUCAAAAUGGCUAGGAAAUGGCAGAAGUUUGCAGCCAUGCAGAGGAAGAGGAUUUCAUUUGUAAGAAAUGUUAGCGAUGCAGAUAGUUGUAGUACGUCUUCAUCGACUAUAGUUGAAAAAGGACAUUUUGUAGUAUAUACAGUUGAUCAAGUUCGCUUUGUCAUUCCAUUGGUUUACCUUAAAAAUGAGAUCAUUAGGCAACUUUUGAACAUGUCCGAAGAAGAAUUUGGGCUACCGAGUGGUGGUCCUAUUACAUUACCCUGUGAUUCAGCCUUCAUGGACUACAUCAUUUUGCUAAUCAAGAAAGGCAUAACUGCUGGAGAUUUUCACAAAGCGUUGCUCCUAUCAGUUCCUUCUUCUUGCUGUUUGACUUCUUCUUUGCACCAAGAAAGUGGAAACCAACAGCUUCUUGUUUGUUGAGUCAUAAUACAUGCUAGCUGAAAAUAGUUUUUUAGAUAGGGCAUACACUGAUGAACAUUAUUGUAAAGUGCAUCAUACAGAUUAAUGAAUAUUAUUUUAUCAGAGAAAAUUUACCA